AUGUUUGUGGCAUUUUGGACACGACACAAAUUUAUUUCAUUCAAACAAUGUGAUGAACACUGUUCACGUGUAUUCGUUUCCGAUGGACAUCAGAAGGCCGAUCGUCUAGUAUGUUCAUUCAAUAACGUAUGUGAAGUUUCGAUUGAUGAACUUGGUCCUAUUCUUCUUGGGUGCCCAGAGACACCAACACGAGAUAAGAACAAUGAGCAAAAACGAACCAAAUUCUAUUGUGAAAAACAUAGAUUGUUGUUCAAUGCUAAUGAAGACACAAUAUUAUCAUCGUCGCCAUUAUCCGGAAGUGCACUAGAACGGCCGAUUUAUGACAAUCAAACCAUUCAACAAAAAGCAUUGAUUCUAGAAGAAGAAGAUAAUCAAUUUAUUGAAAAAUCCGAUCAAUGCAACGUCCAUCGGGACGGGAUGGAAGCUAGAUCAAAAUUAUCUAGCUAUGAGUUCGUUGCAACAUUUCUCAAUUGCGGAAUUAUUAUUGGAUUUGACGAACAACCCCGUUCAGUCCAAACGUUAUGGUCCCUUACCGUCAGCGAUGAUGUACGAUACAGCGUGUACACUCCGGCUCUUCAUGGAUAA